UUGUCCUUUCGUUUGCGCGAGAUAAACACAAACACAAACACACAGAACAGAAGAGAAGGUAAAACCCUAAUUCCUUUGUUUUGCAUCUGUUUCCUACAAUACAACCAUCGCUUGCGGGUGAUGCUUAUUUGAUGCUUCAGAGUUUUACUUCAAGUUUCACUCGCCUGGUUCUGUCAUGGAUCCUAAUGGUUCUGUUGAUGAUAAGUGUGAAAAUAGACUCUGCGUUGGCAAUCUUGAUCUCAGAAUUACAGAAGCUGCUCUGCUCAAAAUGUUUUCUCCUUAUGGAAAGAUCGUGUCCGUGGACUUAUUGUGGCACACCCGUGGCCCGAAACGCGGGGAGCCACGCGGUUUCGCUUUCAUCCAUUACAGCACAAAAGAGGAAGCAAUAUUGGCCAGGGAGAAAAUGCACGGGAGGUUAGCUUGCAGCCGGCCAUUGGUUGUUCGCCUUGCGGGUGAGAGGUAUGCCCUGGAAAAGGCAGAUAGCUCUACAAAAGCAGUAAGUGAAGGGCACAAGUUACAUCUCACUGGUGGUGGCAUAGGACAGACGAGUCGAAGUGCGAAAAUAGCUGCAAUAAAGAACAAGUUAAAGUCUUUAGAGGAGGAUAAUUCUAAGACUAAGAAACAGAAGCUGAGUGACAAUAUAUCUUGAAUCAGUAAUGUUAUUGUAAAAUCUGUAUAAUCAGGGGAAUAUUCUGUGUCUUAUAAAUUGAAUAUGAUUCAGUUGUUUGUAACACCGUUAAAUUAAAUUGCAGUUUGGAAAAUGUGAUUCAAAGUUUCUCUUAUUUGAGAUGGAAACUGGAAUCUUAAUUCUGAAUGGAAUGGACUGUUGUUUUAUGA